GCUACUCUACUAUUAUUCAAUCGCCUAAGUAUCUAAUAAGACUGAACAACACAAGAAUAAACAUAAGUCCUAAAAAGUAUGAAAAAUAACUCCGAAUAGCGUGAGUAAGCUCGUUAAUAUUCUUAGCCCCGAAGGGCCGAGAAAAAGCUCGUUUAUUUAUAAUCGUUUUCAGAUAUUCAGAUAUUACCCUCUUAACACACAAACCUUCACAGUAGUUUGCUGUAAGAGUCGCUCCGCUCGUCGGGAGAAGUGAUGAUUAUACUAAGAAUGGGACACCGCGAUGUUUCCGUGUUCGCGUUGUGGGACUCAAUGCAGGGUCUGCAAUACGAUCUAUAUUCAUUUGGAGCAAACUCAAAACAUGCAUAUGAUUAGGUAAUAAUCAAAGAAACAAAAUCUUUAAACCUUAGCAAUGGUAUCCGGACAUUUCUGUGAGUCCGGGUGUAGCCCUGACUGCAAAAAUCAUUGUAUAAAUGGAGGAACGGCGAAGUGUAGGAAAAACUCUCAUCCACAGCAGCAUCGCUUCACUAUAUUCCACGUGAAAAUCCAACUGUAGUUGCUUGACACUUAAAGUAGGCGUUAAAAUUGGAAAAGACUUCGAAGCCCCCAGACCAUGGUUCAAAUCUUCCACAAGGCCGUACAGGCCUGGUUGCUCAUGGCUGUUCUCAUCCAAGCUGCACCAACAGAUGUGCCGCAUAGAAGUCCUCGGCAAGACCUUUCGGGUCCUGGCUCAACGAACUGUACCAGCGAUACCCGCUUAAUGCGACGAGAAUGGGGCAACAUAUCUGUAGAAGAACGCCUGGCCUAUAUCAAUAGCGUUAAAUGUUUGAUGAAAGCCCCAUCUCGAAUUCCCGAAGGAAUAGCACCAGGAGCUCAGAGCCAUUACGACGACUUCGUUGCAACGCAUAUCAAUCGCACUGCCAACGUACACUUGAAUGGAGCUUUUCUCCCCUUCCACCGCGAAUACAUCUAUCUCUUCGAAAAGACUCUUCGCACAGAAUGUGGCUACCGAUACGCCCUCCCUUACAUCGAGUGGUCCAGGUGGGCUACUGACCUUGCCGGCUCCCCUAUCUUCGAUGGCAGUGAAACCUCACUCGGCGGUGAUGGAGUCUUCAGCCCGAACGCCUCUGUUCCGGUGGUUCCAGGAACCAAUAAUACGCUAGCGAAUGGAAAUGGUGGUGGUUGUGUAGUCACCGGUCCUUUCACCAACUACACUCCGUCUUUCCAGUUGUUCCCUCAGGUUGCCAGUUUUAGCAAUUUGCCAGUUCUGAAAGAUCCUUUAGGCUACUACCCACACUGCUUGAUCCGAAACCUGAACAACGCAAUCGCGACAGCGACGUACUCAGACCCGGCGAGCAUUACCAACAUAACUUCAGCCACCGACUACACGUCUAUGGAAGCGGCAUACAACAGCGGCGGUGCCAACGGCAUCUACGAUCUAGGAGUUCACGGUGGCGGUCACUACUCAAUUGGUCCGCAACUGUGGGAUUUCUGGGCAAGUCCCUCCGAUCCAGUAUUCUGGCUGCACCACAGUUUCGUCGACAAAAACUAUGCUGUUUGGCAGGAUGGUGAUUAUGCCACACGUGUAACUGGAGAAACGGCUGUUUCCGGCACUGACGCUUUUUUUGAUGACCCAUCCGGCAACAAAGUCACGCUUGAUUACAUUGUGGAUGUGGGGUUCCUAGCAGCGGCCAAGCCUGUUAGGGAAAUUCUCGAUGUUUCUGGUGGAGACUACUGCUACGGAUACGAGUAAGCGUUGAGUUAGAUCAAGAACAGCAGUGCCACAAACAAGCACAUCAUCUUAACUCCUCACUCUCUACGGAUUCUUUUGGUGAUCAUUACUAGUGAUAACCCUACCUCUUAUGCCGGGCGUGUUUUAUAUUAUAAAAUGCAUUCUCAGGCCCCUGUAGGGUUUAUACUAGCCCGCUCAUUCCAUUUCCAAUCACGAAAAACAAAACAACAAAAAAAAAAAAGUUUUCAUUUCAUUACAUCUCUCAUCAUUCUUUAAUAUAUUUUCAUCUUAUCUCAUAUUAUUUUCAUCUAGCAUAGCAAUCGAUUUUAUA